CACAUGAAAACCUUCAGCAUUCCCGGAAACUCCAGCACCAUCACUGGUUUCAUCCUCCUGGGCUUCCCCGGCCCCAGGGAGCAACAGAUCCUCCUCUUUGUGCUCUUCUUGGCUGUCUACUUCCUGACCCUCAUGGGCAACGGUUCUAUCAUCUGUGCUGUGUGCUGUGAUCAGAGACUCCGCAUGCCCAUGUACAUCCUGCUCGCCAACUUCUCCUUCCUGGAGAUCUGCUAUGUCACUUCCACGGUCCCCAACAUGUUGGCCAACUUCCUCUCUGACAGCAAAAUCAUCUCUUUCUCUGGGUGCUUCCUCCAGUUCUAUUUCUUCUUCUCCUUGGGUUCCACUGAGUGCUUUUUCCUGGCAAUUAUGGCAUUUGAUCGUUAUCUUGCCAUCUGCCGGCCUCUUCACUACCCAACACUUAUGACUGGACACCUCUGCAACAUCUUGGUGUGCAGCUGCUGGGUAUUUGGCUUCCUCUGGUUCCUGAUUCCUAUAACUGUCAUUUCCCAGAUGUCCUUCUGUGGAUCUAGGAUUAUCGAUCACUUCCUAUGUGACCCAGGUCCUCUGUUAACUCUUACCUGUACCAGAGACCCUGUAAUCGAAUUAACUAGCUCCACCUUAAGUUCCCUACUUUUAUUUGUUCCUUUUCUCUUCAUCAUGGGAUCCUAUGCUCUGGUUCUCAGAGCUGUGCUCAUGGUUCCUUCAGCGGCUGGAAGGAAAAAGGCUUUCUCCACCUGCGGGUCCCAUUUGGCUGUGGUGUCUCUUUUCUACGGCUCAGUGAUGGUCAUGUACGUGAGCCCAACAUCUGAGCAUGACGCUGGAAUGCAGAAGGUUGUGACUCUCUUUUAUUCUGUGGUCACUCCCCUUGUUAACCCUGUAAUAUACAGUCUGAGGAACAAAGACAUGAAACAAGCAAUGAGGAAAAUGUUAGCAAUACAAGAUUAA